AUGACCCGCGUCAGCGUCGUUCACGCACUUCCAGUGUCGCCAAACGGUAACGACGUCGUGGAAUGGAGCUUCCCUCCUGGCCUGGAGUCUGGGAUAACCACCUUGGCCGCCUGGUGUCGGGUCAAUCAACAGCAGAGGGAGCACCUUUCUUCUUCCAUCGAGGACAGUGACGAAGAUCUGGACGAGGCUACUGACAACGGAGAAUAA